UGUACAUCCAAAGCUGCUUUCUGAAGACCUGUCCAUGAUUCUGGAUAUUUCAGCCAUCAAUUUUCCUAAAAAAGUGUGUUUCAGGAAGAAAAAGUUGAAUUUUGCAGAAAUUUCUAAAUUUGAGAAUUUUUUGUGUUGAAAAUUGUCAGAGGGAGGAUGUGAAUUUGGUGGGUUUGGGCGAGAGAUUGGGAUUUUGGAUUUUGGACAAGUAGGAGGAGAGAGGAAAUGAAACGAAUUUGGGUGAAAUUGGGUUUUAAGUUGUUUAUUUUGGAGAUAUUUUGGGGGUGUGUGGAAAUGGAGACAUUUUGUUACUUGUUUUGAAGAUAUGAGAGGAGUCUAUGAGAAAGUUAUUAUGGUUGUUACUUAG